AUGUUCGGCUUUUGCUCCUGGACAUCAAACCAUUGCAUUCGUUUACCCAUUCUUCGCAUUGCCCACGGUAUGGUACUCAACUACAAGCUCGCCACUGCUACGAACGAACAGAUAACGAAAGAGCUGUACCAAGUCCUGAGACCGGUAGUCCGAGCCCAGGUACAAGAAGCCAAGAGACACGGCCUAUCUAACAAAAGAAUUUACUCCUACUACUCCGUACUCCGCUCUACGAUCGAGAAAUCGUGGAAUCGAAAAUGGCGACACGCCACCUGGUUUUGGAACUCGGAGGCUGUCAUGUCCAUUGUUGCAUGGCUUGUCGAUCUAUAUGACAGAGAGUCAAUACGCAACGUGCUCGAGGAGGAGUUUGUGGAGAGUCUUCAGAGACAUGACCCACCCGGCCCUGUGGCUGACAAUGAGGAUUCGCUUCCCUCCGUAACGUCGUCUAUCGAACCUGCCGCUCACAUUCCGAGCCCGACGCCCGAGUCUGAUGCAACAGAUCCAUCAGAUCAGGGACAUGGGAAGGGUACGGCUCCUGAACUCCCACCUAGCCGACCCACAGGUCUCUACACAGAAGACGGGUACGACGUCGGGUCGCAUGAAGGCCUACGGAGACUGAACCGUGAUUUUCUCCAAGCUGUGAGAAGGCUUACGCCACAUUGUUUCAAUGGUGUCGCUCGGGCGUUAUAUCCCAAGGCUUGGGCAAAGUUGCAGGAUAUGCGUAGGCAAGAUCGGGGGCAUCAGGCUCGAGCCGCGAAUUCUGCGAACCAAAACCAGGCUCCGAGUGGCCGGAUGUCGGACACUAAUGCUGGUGAGUAA